GUAAAUUAAAGGCGCAAAUUGUCUUAAAAAUUCCAAACCAAACUUAAGAUGCCACCAAAAAGGGCCAAAAAAGCGGCGGAGCCAGCCGCUCGGGAGGAUGAAGCCGCAGAACUGGAUCCCAACGAACCGGUGCUCCAUGUGGAGCACUGUCGUUCCUGACGCGUCUUUCGUCGUCGGGCGAAGGAUCUGCACUCUGCUCUGCGGGAACGCGGUCUCCGUCGCCUUCAGCUGCGACUGAAUGCAUCCGGAGCACCGCGGCGAGGCGCCUUCGAGUUGGCCUUGCAGCCGGGAUUGGGAUCUGGAUUGGGGGAGCAGCAGAAGCAGCAGGAGCAGGUGCCACUUUGGUCGGGUCUAAAGCGAGGUCCACCACGUGCUCUCAAGUUUCCCACUGUGGAGGAGGUAUACGAUCGGAUCCAGGCGAUUCUGGGUGUCGAUUUGCAGGGGAAUAAAACGGAGUCCACAGAGAAACCAUUGCCAAAAGAUUUGCCCAACGAGGAGGCCCAAAAAGACCAGGAAUCCAAGGAACUACCUGAGCAAGAGCCAAAAAAACUAACCAAAGCCAAGAGACAGCCAAAAGCCCCGAAGAAGCCAACGAAAUCCCCGGAAGAAAUGGAUAAAGAGCCACCACAAAGCAGUCAAAAACGCAAGCGAACCACCAGAUCCUCCACAGAAGAAGCUUCCACAUCUGCCAAACGCAGGAAAUAGUUGUUACCGAGCCAAUCCCCUCCAGCAAUAGAGCUUUAUGAUUGAUGAUGGGCCAAUCCUCGCGAGGAACCCAUCAUUAAGAACACCCCUUGCCUUUGCUGGAUGGUUUUUUAAGGUUACGAGAAAAACACUUGUGCACGUUUGUUAUUACAAAAUAUAUUAAAACAUCUUAGAAACCUA